GCGGGGCACGCCCACCCCUCAAGCGCGCGCACACACUUGCUUUCCCCAUUUGACAGGGGCAGGCCAAGUUGAGAAGCAGGACUUUCCCGCGCUGGACAGGGCGUGGCCGCUUUGGCCUGGCCCUGCCCCCGCCGUCCGGCCCCGCCCCCUCAGGUUGAUGGCAGCAGCAGCUGGGGCUGCAGUGGAGCCGGCAGCUGAGAGCCGCAGGCAGCGGCCGGAACGCGCGACCCAGUGCCUGGCCCCGGACGCGCCAACGCCUCCCUCGGCCCUCGGCAGAAGAGUCGCUGAGAGAGCACCCCCGCCCGGCUUAGGACCAGCGGCAAAUUUGUAGGAAAAGACACGUGUGCCUGAACUGUGCCAGAGACGAGAGUUUGCCAUCUUGAGGGCUGGAGUCCUGGUGCCACAACUAACCUGGAACUGAGGUCCGGUGACUACUAAAAGAGAGCGCGUUGAGCAGGGUGUCUCUAGGAGGGACAAACACUUGCUCACCCAUGGCCAGCAGCUAGAGGGGACCCACUGAUAUUGCUCCUCAAAACAGUCCGUCUCCCAGGAAGUUUCAACCCUAUUUCAGCCUCCAUUAACCCCCUAGCCUGUGUGUCUAAGAAGAGGUCUGAUUCCCCAUCCUAGCCCCUCAAAUUAAACAUUUGACAGUUCACCGGAUUAAGGACCAACGUGCUUCUAGACUCUGACACCCCUAUAUUUGCCCCAGCCAUGAGCCGGCGAGUGGUUCGGCAAAGCAAGUUCCGCCAUGUGUUUGGCCAGGCAGCAAAGGCCGACCAGGCCUAUGAGGACAUCCGAGUAUCCAAGGUCACAUGGGACAGUGCCUUCUGUGCCGUCAACCCCAAAUUUCUGGCCAUUAUUGUGGAGGCUGGAGGUGGAGGUGCCUUCAUUGUCCUGCCCCUGGCCAAGACAGGACGAGUGGAUAAGAACUACCCGCUGGUCACUGGGCACACUGGUCCCGUGCUGGACAUUGACUGGUGCCCACACAAUGACAAUGUCAUCGCCAGUGCCUCAGACGACACCACUGUCAUGGUGUGGCAGAUUCCAGACUACACCCCGGUGCGCAACAUCACUGAACCUGUCAUCACCCUCGAGGGCCACUCCAAGCGUGUGGGCAUCCUCUCUUGGCACCCCACAGCCAGGAAUGUCCUGCUCAGUGCAGGUGGUGAUAAUGUGAUCAUCAUCUGGAAUGUGGGCACUGGGGAGGUACUGCUGAGCCUGGACGACAUACACCCUGACGUCAUCCACAGUGUGUGUUGGAACAGCAAUGGUAGCCUGCUAGCCACUACCUGCAAGGACAAGACCCUGCGAAUCAUUGACCCCCGGAAGAGUCAAGUGGUUGCGGAGAGGUUUGCAGCCCACGAGGGGAUGAGGCCCAUGCGGGCUGUCUUCACGCGGCUGGGUCACAUCUUCACCACGGGAUUUACCCGCAUGAGCCAGCGAGAGCUAGGCCUGUGGGACCCGAACAACUUUGAAGAGCCAGUGGCCCUACAGGAGAUGGACACAAGCAAUGGAGUGCUACUGCCGUUCUAUGAUCCUGACUCCAGCAUUGUCUACUUGUGUGGCAAGGGUGACAGUAGCAUUCGGUACUUUGAAAUCACGGACGAACCACCGUUUGUGCAUUAUCUGAACACUUUCAGCAGCAAAGAGCCGCAACGGGGCAUGGGUUUCAUGCCCAAGCGGGGACUGGAUGUCAGCAAAUGUGAAAUCGCCAGGUUCUACAAGUUACACGAACGAAAGUGUGAACCCAUCGUCAUGACUGUACCUCGAAAGUCGGACCUGUUCCAGGAUGACCUAUACCCAGACACGCCCGGCCCUGAGCCAGCCCUGGAAGCAGAUGAAUGGCUAUCGGGUCAGGAUGCAGAACCUGUUCUAAUUUCGCUGAAGGAAGGCUACGUACCCCCCAAACACCGCGAGCUCCGGAUCACCAAGCGCAACAUUCUAGAUGUGCGUCCACCAGCCGGUCCCCGGCGCAGCCAGUCAGCCAGCGAAGCCCCCUUGUCGCAGCAGCACACCCUGGAGACACUGCUGGAGGAGAUCAAGGCCCUUCGCGAGCGGGUGCAAGCCCAGGAGGAGCGCAUAACGGCUUUGGAAAACAUGCUGUGUGAGCUGGUGGAUGGCACGGACUAGCGCUGCAUAUGUGCCGCAAAAGCUCUGCACGCUGCAGACCAGAUGGAGCAGGGCGCACAGACUGGCAGCACUGGCUUUUGGUCUGGGACUCUGCACCCUGCUGCCUGGGGUUGGGAUUAGGGGGCGAGACCAGAAAAGAAACUCCCGUCCCUCAUAGGCCUGGACACACCUAUCCUAAGUGGCAAGGACUGAGCUCCUACCAAGUCCCCGAUUUUUCGGUAUCAGGCCUAGAGGGAGCUUAGGAUAAAGCCGGCCUUCGCAAUGGUGCUUAGGGGUGAGAUGAUGUCCUUCGCAAUCCCUUACCCUGGGCGGGGGAAGUGCUUAGUGUGUUGUCUGGGAAUACUGCCAGCUUGGGCUUGACCCCAGGCAGAUGGAAAGUCAACAGGUAUCCCCAGAGUCUCAGGAAAGUCCCUGCAUUUCCCCUAAUGAGCUCACUUCGUUUCCCCUACAGUGUGUGGGGACAGAUGGCAGCACCCCUUUCUGUUGCUGACAGAGCCUGGCCCCACUGGCUUUAGCCAUCCAUCUAUGGCAAAGGGCUCUCCCUUCUUCCCCUUCCAGAGAUGGCAGCUUCUUGGAGACAGAUCCCACCAGAGAAAUCUCAGAACUGGCAUAAGGAAGCAGCUCUCUCUCUCUCUCUCUCUCUCUCUCUCUCUCUCUCACACACACACACACACACACACACACACACACACACAGAGCACUCUGCUGAAUCUGUAAAGAUACUGAGGCACACUUAAUGAAAUGUUUUACUAAGUACAGGUCUGUGCCUCCUGCUUAGAUGGCUGGGGACUCCCUCCAAUGGCUUUUGGGGAUCCUGGGGAACCUAGCAAAUGCACACUGGGCUGAGGACCUGCCAGGCAGCUUCUCACCCUAGGUCAACCAUUUUUGCAUUGAGGUUCCAAAGACCAUGCCUCCCACCCACCCUAGGAACCCCUUCUCAAUCAAGUUAGGGAGAAAAGCCUCUGGUUUGAAACCUCUUUAUUUGUGCCUCAGAAUCAGUCUGGUGCCCCUGGCAUCAGGGAAGGAAAUAGGAAGAACAGCUUCACUUUGUCGCUAUUUUCUUGUCCCCCUUUUGUGCCCCUUCUGAGCCCCUGGCAGAGAAGCCAGCCAGAAGGUGGCCCCAGGACAAAGGUGUGCGCGGCCCCUGCGGGGGGGGGGGACUGUGCUUCUUUAGGUGGGUAGGGCGAACAGGGAGAGCCGGGGUUAGCACCAUUGGAUAAAGGGUGUUAGUCAGCCCCUGAAUGGGGGCAAGAGGGGUCACAACCACAGAGGGCUAGCAGCAGCUGAGAGGAAGGGACGGGUGGUGACAGUGGUACCAGGGCCCUGAUCAAUGCCUUUGUGUCGGGUCUAGUGCUUGCCCCCAAGCCAAUAUGCUGCCCCCACUCCCCAAGGCACCAUGAGGGAACCAGGCCUUGCCCAGACUGGGGGCACCUUGGACACACUCCCUGAUCACAAUAAAAACGUGCUGUGGGCA